AUGAUGAUCGAACCUAUUGGGCAAGAGUGGAUGAGGAGGAACCAUCUGAGAACCAAUAGAUUUUUUAUUACAGUUCUAAAAGAGGAAUCUGAAGCUUAUAUGGUGCUUCGGGUUCGUUCCCGACAGAGAUCACCGUACGGGCCACCAGUGGAAUCCAACGACUCACCAUUUAAAUCAGACGGUUAUUGCUUGAAAUCAAAUCCUGUUUCCAGGAUCAAGGACGACAAGAGGGCCGACAAGUGGACCAUCAAGGUCGAGUUAUAUAGGAUCCUGGGAAGAGAAGGGCAGGGAACAAACAUGGCCACUUGCCUAAGUAUGACAAAUUUUCGAUCAUCUGCUAUACACAAGAUUCCAUGA